AUGCACACCGCCCGCUCCUUUGUCUGCCAGCCUCAAAUUCAAGCGACCAAUCAGAGUUCCAAUGUAAAAUUGGGAUUCAACAGAUCGGAUGACGUCUUUGUUAUUAAUGACGCAGAUGAAAUCCCGGCACAUGAAGGCCUCCUUUUCCUAAAGCUGUUUGAUGGCUGGACAGAGCCUUUUGCCAUCCACAUGCGCAAGUCACUGUACGGAUUUUUCUGGAAGCAGUUUGGCUCUCUAGAGGUGGUGUCAGGUUGCACGGUGGGGAUGCUCCGCGAUGUCUACGAUGGUGACGGUAUCAAGCUCCGUCGUCGCGAAUACUACACCAUGCCGGGUUUCCGUAAGUAUGAGAACGACACAGGCCACAUCCUGGUGCAGUGGUCAGUGGGCAGCCCCUUCCACUUCGCUGGGUGGCACUGCUCCUGGUGCUUCACGCCCGAGGGGAUCUACUUCAAGCUGGUGUCAGCGCAGAACGGAGACUUCCCACGGUGGGGCGACUAUGAGGACAAGCGCGACCUCAACUACAUCCGCGAUCUGAUCAGGACCGGGGGCUGGUUCGAUGGCUCCCUGCAGGAAUAUCCCCCUGUAGACCCCAAAGAACACAUGUACGCCCCUAAGUACAUGCUAGAGCACUAUGACAGGUAUCGCUACCUCCUGGAGAACCCUUACAACAAAGCCUCCAGACUGAGUGAGGGCUAGGACUUCAGCUAGGACAAAAAAGGUGAAAUAACUAGUAGGGCCUGAGUGAGGCUCUCAGCACUGAGUUUCGGGGGCGGAACGGUACUGAUGAACUACAUCUUUUAUUGGAGUGAUACUACAUGUAUCUCCACCAGGCAGCACUGAUGUUGCAGGGAUUUAAAAUCUCUUAAAAAUCAUUAUUUUGGGGUAAAAAAGGGAACACUGAAUCACAUCCAUCAUGAAUUUGCGGAUCUUUGAGAGGAUACAACCACUGGAUAAACAGAAUCAUAGAUUUCUUCAUUACUCCCUUUUUGGGGAAGAAGCCAAGCUAUCUGUCUUUUUGUCACCCUGGCCCUGUCCUCCUUUUCUUCACCCGAGCCAAUAUGCCUGCUGAGAGCAAGGGGCCGCUUCGAAGUAAAGAGAGGGAUAUUUUGUCGCUGUGUGAAACCUCUGGAGACAAACUUGGAAGAGAAGGAGUGUCUUUUGUUUCUGUCUGUGUUUACUAAAGUUUACAGACUGAUGUUCCCGCUUCACUCUCCACCAUCAGAUGUCUUCCUGUCAUAUUUGGUGACCUCCCUUCAGAAACAUACACACAGUCAGAUCUUACAUUAUUCUUGGGUCUCAGUAGAAAAUUAUGAAUCCUAUUUAAACCCUGCUGGAGUACCCACUGCCAAAUGAAAAGGAAUGACUCGAUGGAGAACUCAUUUGUGUACUCACUCUCAUCCACAUGCACCUUAUGUGUGUUUGUAAAAGAAAGUGUGUGUGGUCUCUGUAUCAUAUUGCAAGGUUUGGGCUGUGAACAGAGGACAAGAUCAGUGAGAGGAAAAAGAAAGUGAGAAAGAAUAAUCGGAUGGGGGGCUGGGGAAGAAAGACAGCGAGAUGGGAAAACAGUGCAAGCGAGACAGAAGGCAGGACAGAACAGAAUAAUGAGGGAGGAAGAGAGUGGUGAUGAGAAGGAAAGAAAAGGAGGCUCUUUCAACGUUCCCUUUCCCACAACAUCUGCUGAUGUAUGAGUGUGCAGAAUGUGUGUGUCCCUCAGAGCUUACAGACAGCUCUGAAUAAAUCAUGCUCUGUCAAUGGCAUCCGAGACAGAUGAAACCUGCCGUUAUUGUUUGUCCGAUGAGAACAAUCGAGACCAGUUAGGGAAAGAUCACCCUUUAGUUGGGUUUCUCUGUCUAUCCAGCAGCUGAGAUGACUUUGUUUCCUUGGAAACUAAAGUAUGUGAAAAAGGAAAUGGGAUGGAUGUUGUUAAGAUGAGUGGGUGGGUUCACAUCAGGCUAGGAGCUAGCGAUCAGACGAGGUCAACACCGACUAUAGGGCUCCUUGGAUAAGUAGGCCUCUUUCUCCUCAGUUGUCAAUCACCAACUCUCUGAAAAUGACUCUUCCUGUCGUCUUUUUUUCUCUUUUUAUGCUGCUAAGUGUCUUUUUUUCCCCUCUUUGGUGUUGGUUUCCUUAAUCCUCAUUAAUAAGGCAAUUUUUUUUAUAUUCUCUCAGUCUCUACACAUCCCCCUCUCUGUCAAAAAAA